AUGGCACAGGAGCUGUUUUUGUCCUCGGUAGAGGAAGGCGUAGCGAAAUCCAUGCGGGAGGGGAAGAUUCUCGUUUUAUACACUUCAGCUGGAGACGAUGUGUGGUUAAAUUCAUGGUUUAAGUCAGAUUUUCAGAGUAGGUUGUCGAGACAUGCAGUGUGGCUGAAGCUCGUUCGGGGAACGGAUCAGUUUCGUUAUUUUGAACAGAUUUUCCCUUCUGUGGUGGUUCCGAGUCUCUGCUUCAUCAGAAAUGGACAGAUAUUGUCGACCAUUGAGGGCGAAGAGGAUAAAUCUGGCGGUGAGGGACAUUGGGGAAAGCUUAUGGCGACGUUGGGCGCUGGAUCGGAAUUAUUUUCUGCACGCAAGGCACCCGGUGAGGCGAAGCAGAGGAACUUGAAAGAACAGGUGGCCGACACUGCCCAGAGGAAAUAUCAUGAAGAAAUGCAGAAGCAAAGGAAGCAAUCUAAAGAAGAGAGAGAGCGUAUUUUGAGACUUGUGGAGGCUGACAAGGCAGAAAGGCGAGUUCGCCGCAAAAGCUCGGAAGAUAAUAGCCAAGGAGGUCAAAGACAACUGCAAGAUAAUAUCAAGAACAUCGAGAGACUUCAUGCAGAUGAGUGUACGCUGUUGAUAAGGCUUACAAAUGGUGAAAAUAUAAUGAAAAAGUUCGACAGCAAGUUGAAAUUGAAUGACGUUAGAAGUUGGGUCGACGCAAAUAGAACCGACUCUGAUUGCCCUUACGCCUUCCAUAGAAAUAUACCCCGGGUCACGUUCUCGGAUUCAGACGAGCUCAAGACACUAGAGGCCUUGGACUUGUCGCCUAGAUCUGCGUUGAUCUUGAAACCAUUAGAGAAUGCCCGCAGCAGGCUGAACAUUGCCGAGGCCAAGGGCCCGGGCCUGCUAGGCAAAGUCUUUAACGGACUCUCUUCGUGGUGGGCCGCUAGUGGUCGCGAGCAAAAUGAAAGACAUCAAUCGAGUGAUUGCGAAGAAGACAAAGAUGUAGCGGAUAAUCAAGGUAAGCCGACGCAGAGGUUUCCAGACGCCAUUUUGGAAAAUAAUCAAGCACUAGACUCUAUUGCUAGCUCAUCGACAAUACGUGAAGAAGCUGUUACGGCCUCACCUCACUCGUCUAGGAUAGAUUCUCCUCUCUAUUCAGCUUCUGACUUCCACAUCAAACAUAACCCGUCUGAGCUGAGUUUACCAUCCAGAUGCGUCACUCCUAAUGUCCACCAGUUCGUCAACGUUGAAGAUGAAGAUAACGAUCGCUUCGCAUAUAAUGGGAAUAACAUCAAACUGGAAAAGAAGAAGGAUGACGAUAAAUGCAUGGAUGGUUAA